GGGCCUGGGCCAUCAGCUCCAAAGGCCGCGAUUUCACAUCGGAAACAAAACAGUGGAUGCUCGGGAAGGAACCUCGGCUGCUAGAGGCCGGUGGUGGUGGCGGAGAGGAAAGGACCUAAUCCAGGAGCCAGCAAGUGACAGCAGCCUGUGAGGUCCUUGGAAAGCGUGGCCUGGAGGAGAACACAUGAAAGAAAGAACCCCAAGAGGCUCUGUUUUCUGUGAAAAGGUAUAUCUAUACAGUUGCUCCAAUGACAGAGUUACCCGCACCCUUGUCCUACUUCCAGAAUGCACAGAUGUCCGAGGACAACCACCUGAGCAAUACUGUACGUGGCCAGAAUGACAGUAGAGAGCGGCCUGAGCACGGCUCGGAGAGGCGGCGGCGUGGCAACACCGAGUCGGUGUCCAAUGGCCGAGCCCCCAACAGCUCACAGCAGGUGGUGGAGCAAGAGGAAGAGGAAGAUGAGGAGCUGACGUUGAAAUACGGCGCCAAACAUGUGAUCAUGCUGUUUGUCCCUGUGACUCUCUGUAUGGUGGUGGUUGUGGCCACCAUCAAAUCAGUCAGCUUUUAUACCCGGAAGGAUGGGCAGCUAAUCUAUACUCCGUUUACAGAGGACACGGAGACUGUGGGGCAGAGAGCCCUGCACUCAAUCCUGAACGCGGUGAUCAUGAUCAGCGUCAUUGUCGUCAUGACGAUUCUCCUGGUGGUUCUCUAUAAAUACAGGUGCUACAAGGUCAUCCAUGCCUGGCUUAUUGUUUCAUCCCUGUUGUUGCUGUUCUUUUUCUCAUUCAUUUACUUGGGGGAAGUGUUUAAAACCUAUAAUGUUGCCAUGGACUACAUUUCGGUUGCUCUUCUGAUCUGGAAUUUUGGUGUGGUGGGAAUGAUCGCCAUUCAUUGGAAAGGUCCACUGAGACUCCAGCAGGCAUAUCUCAUUAUGAUCAGUGCCCUCAUGGCCCUGGUAUUUAUCAAGUACCUCCCAGAAUGGACCACCUGGCUCAUCUUGGCUGUGAUUUCAGUAUAUGAUUUAGUGGCUGUUUUGUGUCCAAAAGGCCCGCUUCGUAUGCUGGUUGAAACAGCUCAGGAGAGAAAUGAAACUCUCUUCCCAGCUCUUAUUUACUCUUCAACAAUGGUAUGGUUGGUGAAUAUGGCAGAAGGAGACCCAGAAGCCCAAAGGAAGGUAUCCAAAAACUCCAAUUACAAUGCCCAAAGCACAGAAAGUGAGUCACAAGACCCAGUGACAGAGAGUGAUGAUGGUGGCUUCAGCGAAGAGUGGGAAGCCCAGAGAGACAGUCGCCUGGGGCCUCAUCACUCUACGGCUGAGUCGCGAUCUGCCGUGCAGGACCUUUCCAGCAGCAUCCUGGCCAGUGAGGACCCAGAGGAAAGUAUGUGCCUUUCUCUACACUGGCAAGUCAUGAGAGUCCUGGGUUUUUAAGAUGCUACAGUAUCAUACUUUUCCCAAAAGAACAUGAGUCAGAUUGUUCCAGUCUAAUUCUAAAUAGCAGUGUAGUUUUUACUGAGAAGUAACAAUAGUUGCUGCUUCUCUCAUAGUUAAAUUUAUUAAUGGACCAAAUUCUACCCCUCAGAUUUUUUU